GCUACUGUGCAUGAGGAAGAGCCAGGGAAGGAAUCAUGUAUCCAGGCUAUGCAGAGCAGACUGCAGCCUCAUUGCUGCUGCUGUUGCUCUGUGUGUGGGUGUGCAUGUGUGUCAACAGGCCAAAUCUCAGCCUGAGUUUAAGCCUUUUCUUUUCCUUCUCUCUUAUUCUCUUUAUGAUGCAUCUGACUGAUCUCAAUCAAGAGUGCCUGCUACAUCUCUUCUCUUUCCUGGACAAAGACAGUCGGAGGAACCUGUCUCUGACCUGCAUUCGUCUCAGAGAAGCCUUCCUGGACCCUCGGCUGUGGUCUCUGCUCCACUUUUUCUCCCCAUGCGAGCUCAAGAGGAAUAACUACAUCCUGGGCCCGUCGCUCAGACACGUCAGUAUAUGCUGGCAUUCCAGCAGGGUCAAAGUGUGCAACAUAGAAGACUGGAUGAAGACCACAUUCCAGAGAGACCUGUGCAGCAAGCAUGAGAAGCUUGUCAGCCACUUCCUGGAGCGUGUGUGCCACAUGUGUCCAAACCUGCUGUCCCUGACCCUGUCCGGCUGCGGACACAUCACAGAUCAUGAUGUUAUUAGCGUGCUCCAGAGCUGCAGGCGGCUUCAGAAGCUGUGUCUUGAGAACUGUUCCCGGUUGACGGACACUGUCCUGCAGGCGGUGGUGACCCAUGGCAACAGCCUGGUGGAGGUCAGGUUGGAUUUCUGUCGGAACUUCACGCAGAUGGGUUUACAGGGCAUCAGGCAGAAGAGGCCUGGUGUCCAGCUAAGCGCUGAGCGCAGUGCGGGAAUGAUCCCAGACAGCCAGCCUGAGGAGAAGCUGCACAUCAGGAGGGCUCUGCAGAAAGUCCUCGUGUUCUCCUGAGAAACAAGCUCUGGGGUGCGUUCUCAGCAGAUGUAAAGAAAUUUGCCAUUAGCUCUCCGACAGCUCUGUCACCUGCUGGCACCUCACUUUGAACCUGCUAAAGAACAAAACUUUUUCAUUGAAACUUUGUUUUUUUUCUACUCCCUCUUCCUUUUUUAUGUUUGUAAUUUGUGUUAUUUGUAAUUCUAUUACUGUGGUGUCAUUAUCAUUUCAAAUGUAAAGUUUGCAGCCUUGUGUUUUUUUCUUAAACCCGUCAAAGGCUUUCAAAGCAUUUUGUACCAGUCAUUUUUAAUUAUCCUGUCAGAAAUGUGUUUCUUGUCUUCCAGUUUUCAUUCUAAGAAAUCAGUCAGCUCUUUUAUGUAAGAGCUAAACUGUGUCUUCCUUUGACUUAAAUGUUACACUGAGCUCUACUUAGAUGAUUUAAAGCAAUGUAAACCUGGAAAAUCCCAGACUGCAUGCAGGGAUAUUCAAACAGGAUGCUUCUUCCAAUUCAAACAUACUGAACGCCUCAAAUUAUUUGUAAAUAUUAUUACAAUGAAAAAUGCAGGUUUAUACAGUUGUUGAUAUUACAUCAGUGAUUUUAAGUAGUUCUCUUGACUCAUUUUGGUCUUAAUUUAUUUGUGUAACUUUCUAAAAGGCCUUACUCAGAUUUCUUAUGAAAUGGUAGUUUUUUUUUUCUCAUACGAUUCAUAACAGCUUUGGUUUAAUCCUCGAAAGGAAAAUCAGUAUUUUUCCCUUACUGACACUCCAGAAUGUGAAUUUACAGGAAUUACAAGCUAUUUAUUCUCAUUUUGUCUGUAUUAGAGGUGCCAAAACUUUCUGUCUUGCGAGGCCAAAGUCCAAGGUUUGUGGUGGGCCAAAGGUCAAAAAGACAAAAGACUAAACAAAUAAAGAAGGUUUCAAAUCA